GGCAACCAGUAGGGGGCAGCAUUUAGUUUAAUGCAGAUGCCAAAACAUACGAAGAAGACGAAGGCGGAAGUCCACAGAUGUAAACAAGCCUAAAUGAAAUACUGUAUUUGAAGCGCUUAACGUGUGCGGUCGCCAUGCCGUAUCUGGGGAGCGAGGACACUGUGCGGGAGCUGAGGAGAGCCCUGGCGAACCCUAACGUCCAGUCCGACCAGCUGCGCUACAGAAACACCGUCCUCAAAGUGAUCAGGUUGAUGUCUCAGGGUGUAGAUGUGUCAGGCGUGUUUAGUGAAAUGGUCAAAGCAUGUGCCACAGUAGACAUAGUCCAGAAGAAACUGGUCUAUGUCUUCCUGUGUUCCUACGCCACGUUGAACCCAGAGUUGUCUCUGCUGGUCAUCAACACCCUGAGGAAAGACUGCCAGGAUCCGAAUCCCAUGGUUCGCAGCCUGGCUCUGAGGAACAUGACAAAUCUCAGGUUACCUAGUCUGGUGGAGUAUGUGGAGCAGCCUCUGGCAGCAGGCCUCAGGGACAGAGCAGCCUGUGUACGGCGGGUGGCUGUGCUUGGCUGGGCCAAACUGCAUAAUCUCCAGCCCAGUUCUGAGAUAGAUGCUGCGGUGGUGAAUGAGCUGUACAGUCUGCUAAGGGACCCAGAUCCGGUGGUGAUGGUGAACUGCCUCAGAGCCCUGGAGGAGAUCCUGAAAGAGGAAGGAGGAGUGGCUAUCAACAAACCUAUCACCCAUCACCUCCUCAACAGGUUGAAGGAGUGUGACAUCUGGGGCCAGUGCGAGGUGCUCAGCGUCCUCCGGCGCUACCGGCCUCAGUCAGAGGACGAGCUUUUUGACAUCCUAUCCUUGCUGGACGCCUCCCUGGUCAGCCCUCACCCUCCAGUCAUGGCCGCCACACUCAGCCUCUUUCUCAGCCUCUGCUCCGGCCUUCCAGCUGUCAGCCUGGCGGCUCUGGAGCGAGUGUGUGCACCCCUGCUCGCUGCCUGUGGCAGCGCAUCCAGAGAGAUGAGGUUCACCGCACUCUGCCACAUACAGCUGCUGUUGCGUUCUGUCCCUGGCCUGUUGAGCGCACACUACAAGCGUUUCUUCUGUAGCUAUGCUGAGCCAGCAUACAUCAAGCAAAGGAAGAUGCAGGUGCUGGUGGAGCUGGUGAAUGAUGAGAAUGUAGCAAUGCUACUGGACGAACUUAAAGGAUACUGCACUGAUGUCAACUCUGACACUGCUCAGGCUGCAAUAGCAGCCAUAGGGCGCAUUGGACGAAGCUACAGUGACAGAUGUUUAGAGAUCCUUACUGGGCUGCUGGGGCUCAAACAAGAGAACAUCACCUCUGCUGUGGUGCAAACCUUGCGUGAUCUGGUUUGGGUGUGUCCGCAGUGUAGCAACACUGUGUGUGUGGCUCUGGAAGGCUGUGAGGAGAUGCUGCAGGAUAGUCAGGGCAAGCAGGCCUUGCUAUGGUUGCUGGGCGUGUACGGGGAGCGAGUGUCCAGCGCUCCCUACACAUUAGAGGUCUUUAUUGAUGGAGUGAGGAGCGAGGCCUCUCUGGACGUCAAGAUGGAGCUGCUGACAGCCACCACAAGGCUGUUUUUGUGUCGACCUGCAGAGACACAGGACAUGCUUGGAAGACUGCUGCAUUACUGCAUAGAGGAGGAAACCGACAUGUGCGUACGUGACCAGGCGCUUCUCUACUACCGCCUGUUGCAUUGUGGGAUAGAAGAGACACGAAAGGUCCUCCAAGGUCGGAGGUCAGACCCUUCUCUGGGUGUUCUAAUUGGCCGUCCCGCUGAUCCUGUGAGCCAGUGGGCAUGCAGCUUUAACACUCUGGAGCCUCUGAGGCUUGGUACUAUAGAGGCAGAGUCCACAACCAGAGAAAGCCCUGAACAUGUGCCCUUUGACUCCGGGCCUAAAACCGACCUCCAGGAAACACUGAACUGUAGCCGAGUUGAGGAGGUUCGUUCCGAUUUGCACAGUACAGACUCCUCUGCUGAUGUCCUGGCUUCCAAUGUCACGGCCCACCUCAGUUUGUCCCUCUCCCCGGCUCUCAGCCCAGAGGAGUUUGAGCGCCUGUGGAUGCAGCGACAGGCUCUGCAUGCUGAUCAAGGUGUUGAACAAAUGAAAGAUGAGGACUAUGCAUGUUUGGAAGAACACGUCCAGUGCCCUGCGGUGCCUCACUGUUCCCCACAAAGUCUUCACGCAGCCAUGCAGCUGGUCAACAUCCAGACACUGGCCUUUACGCCACCAAACACACUCCCCUGGAGAGUCUACCUGUACACAAACACCCAGUAUGCGUGUUCUGCCAGCAAACCCCAAAGCACACUCAUACUAGGCGAGCUGCUUUACCCUGGGGGGGUGAAAGGCACGGGCGACGGAGAAACACUGGCCGAGGGCAGAGAAAACAAGGAGGAGGAGGAGCAAGCGGAGGGGAGUGAGAGAGCGGCGGACAGGAAAAGAGAAGAAGAGGAGCGUGUAAAAGUGACUCUUAAGCAGCAACCGAGAGAUGACGAGGCUUUGAAGGGGUUUCUCUCCAUCCUGACCACUGUGCUACACACACUGGCCUCUUAAAUUUGCAUGCAUGAACAUAUAUGAAGACAAAGAAACACUUCUGUAUUUUUUUUUCAGACAAUCACUAUUCAUACUUAUUUCCUGCAGAACUAAGUUGUUCUGUAAUAUAUGACUGUGGAAGUUCACAUAAUAUACACCUUUUGCAAGUAAUGUAACAAAGUCAUUGAAGACCUAUAGCAUGACUGAACUAAUGUGAAGGGGAAGUAUUCAAAGCCUGUAAGGAGAAUGCAUUUGCUAUUUAUUGAGCCAUAUUUAGUAAAUGAAAGAGUUCACUUUGGAUCAGGAGUACCCAGCCCUGAAAAGAUGUUUGCCCUCAUAGGUUUUCAUUUGCAUCAGGGUUCAGUUAGUUAGACCAUACCAAUCUAUGCUGUCUAUAUAGUUAUAGCUCAGCUUCUGUGUGAACCAGGUUCAGAACCCCUAGUUUGGAUCUUGGCCCGAUUGAGAUAAGAAUGACUGCAAGCAGCUCAUCAUAAAGGUGGAUAAGGUGGAAGGUCUUGAUUCAGUUGACUCCACAACUAGACAGAGACCUGUCAACUAAAAAGCAAUAUGAAUCAUUGUCAGUUCAUCACGUUAAGACACCAGUGGACUAUACAGCUGUGUGCCACAGAUGUUUACACUGGAGGUUAACGAGCAAACUGAAAGCAAUGCAGACAAGAGAAUUAUUAAAUAACUAAUCCUAAUAAUUAAUAAAUAUUUGAAUUGCAA